AGGUUAGUGUUUCCUUUCAAAGCACAGUAAAAUAUAACAGAGCAGUUCUGAGAAAUGCUCUUCUGCAAUUCACAUAGGAAGUGGCUAACAACAGGAACAAAAAUAUUAGAGCAGUUUCUUGUGAAAACAAGAAACACAACCUAACAGGAAACCGUAUGAUACCACCUACUACAACACUGAUAUGUCCUGUGAAAAUGUUGCACCUCAAGUUACCACUGGAGAGACGGGGGACAAACCUCUCACGAUUCUGAGAAAAUGCUGAGAACUCUAGAUAAAUGGUAGAAUAUAGAGGACAGCGUCAUGACUGCCCUCACUACAUUUUUUUUACCAACUUAGAGAAGCAGGAUGCAAACUGGGCACGUUCUGUUUUUUUUUAUCUUUCCUGUUGUCUUGGAAGGAUGCUGUGUGGGAAAUCAUCAAAAGAAAAGAACAGGACUCAUGGGUCUUCAGCAGAAUACCACACAUCAGCGCUACAGAGCUGUGGAGGGGGAGAGCUUUAUAAUGCCGUGUGUUAAAUCUGAGAGCGUGGUGUGGUCCAGAAUCAGAGAGGAUGGAGGAAAUGAAGGCCCAUCCUAUGACUGUGAGAAAGAGUUCCCAGCUGAAGUAAAACACUCGGGAAAUUACACAUGCCACACAGGUGGCAGCAAAUAUUUCUUGCAUCUACAGGUGGAGGAGAAAAGCAGUCCAAGUUGCUUCCAGCCUGAGGAGAGCACAGUAGAACUGUACAACAGCGCUGGCGGGGAGAUCCCCUGCCCAAGAUACGACUGUAGCAACAACACUGAUGUCACAUGGUACAAGGGUAACAGAGCUGUGUCUGAGAUGAAAAGAGCCCCCUGUGAAAAGGACGGGCUCUUACAUCUCUGCCAAGUCAAAGCUGAAUCUGAUCCUGGUGUAUAUUUCUGUGAUAGACAAAUAAUUGAGCAAGGAGUUAUGUGGACCUUCAGGAGGGCUGUUAAAGUCGAAGUUAUACCAUACAGCGAACCAAGUGGCCCUCUCAGGUUCAUGUCUCCUGCUGACAACGCAACAGAGGAAGUGGAGCUUGGUCAGACUCACAAUCUGACAUGUAAGGUAUUUUUUCCUUAUGAGAAAAGGAUUUCAGCAAAGGUGCAAUGGUUCAUGAAUUACAAUGGCAAUAAGGAGAAUAUGACUCUACUACCAAUGGAGCCACCACAAUAUGGGUUUAAGAUAAGGGAGGAGUACGGGGUCACAAGAAGAGCCAUCAUAAAAGAGGUGACUCAACAACACUUGAAGCACACGUACACCUGCAUUGCCAGCAAUACUGUCAGAAAUAACAGUGUCACCAUCAAGCUCAAGAAGAAAACUACAGUGAAAUUGCCAUGCCUGGUUGGGUAUCCCCUUGUGUCUUUCUUGCUGGUGUCUGGGCUGGGAAUAAUUUUGCAUGUGAAAUGGAUGGAACUGCAGCUUAUCUACAGAUCCCACUUCCAACAUGGAAAACACGAUGAAGAUAACAAAGAGUUUGAUGUGUUUCUGUCGUAUGUGUGGAGCCCGCCAUCAGCAGAGGGGGAACGAGGUUGGACAUUUUCUUCCGGAUCAGGACCCAACACUGAUGAGGAAGCAGGAUGUCCACCCAGCAUGGACCCCCUGAACAGUGAGGAGGGUAAAGCCACCCAGAAACCAUUACAAGUGCUACUACCCCAAGUGUUAGAGGAGCAGUGGGGGUAUCGCCUCUGUCUGCUGGAGAGAGAUGUGCUUCCAGGGGGAGCAUACACAAAUGAUGUGGUUCUUACAAUACAGAGAAGCAAAAUGCUUAUCUGUCUCCUGUCAGCUGACUACCUCUGCAACAGCGAUGCUGUAUUUGUACUGGAAUCAGGAGUCCAGGCUUUGCUGCAAAACUCUGCCAUCAAACUCCUGCUAAUAUGGACCAGUAGAGACUCAGCUUCCCUCAUCCAGCAGGACCCUCCAUUGCCCACACUGGUCCAAAGGGCCUUGAAGGUGCUACCGAGUCUGAACUGGACGUCAGGCAAACCUGCCAGAGCCACCUGCAACUUUUGGAGGUCUUUGAGGAAGGCCAUGCCCCAUCACAGAGUCAAACUGGUAUCAGACAUGCAGGAUCAGUCAUUAAAUGGUUAUAUAUAGCCUAUAUACAUGUAUGUGUAUAGUAAGCUUAUUUAAGUUAUAAUACCAAAAUGCAGCUUAUGUUACUGCACUGUUCACUGAAACUGCUGAGUCAUUAAUGAACAAAAGGCUCAAGGAAAUUCCCACACUGAUUUGAUGUCAAACCGUAAUGUAGCAUUUUCAAAUGAAAAAGUGAGUCACCCCACGUACCAAACAUAAACAGUUAACCAUGUAAAACAAUCACUUAUUAACUCUACAAAAAGAAUAAAGAAAAGACAUGUGAAGAAUUUGUUCUAAUACACAGAUAAACAAAAUGUAAAAAGAAGGGGUUAAAAAUAAAUACUAGUAGCUUUUGUUUGUGCAUCAAUUUAAGAUCAACAAUCUUAUGUUGUGAGGUGUAGUUCAUCACAUAUCUCAGCAAUAAACAUCUGACACAAUA